CUCAGUGUCCUAAAAACUGGACAGACAGACGCAGAGCAGACAUACUGAAACAUGGAUACAAUACAAUAUGACAGUGAAUAUAGAAACCUAUAGAAGAAAUGUCAAUAAAAAGGGAAUUGGAAAUGACCAAUGAUCAUCAAGUGACCUUCUGGAAGGACCAAUCAUCUUUUGAUCUGAGGAGGCGCUGGCCAAUCGGCAUCCAGAGACACUUAACAUACUUUUGCGCGCCCUUGAAUGUCGUCGUUCAUGAAGAGAGAGAAAAUUCCAUCUCUCUUGUGAGGAAAAAAAUCAUCUUACUAUCUGUGGUGACUCUUUGACCGAAAAUGGCAAGUGGAGACUCAGCUUUGGACAGUCUUGAGGAGUUGGAUGACUUCUCAGAUUCCGGCAGUGACUAUGAAGCCACGAUGAAAGCCACAAAGCGGAGAAAACAGGCAGUGCCUGGACCUUGGCCACCCAAGAGACCCAGGCGUAAAGCUGCAUUGAAGGUGACGUCCAGCCCCAGUAGUAGCCCCAUCCCCACUGCUGCAGACCCCUCCCUGCAGCAGCAUUCCCGGGGGACAUCCAGGCAGGCUUCCCCUCGACCUGUGACGAGAGUGAACGAAGGGAAUCGGGGCAUCAGUGCAGAGGAUAUCUAUGAUGCUAUCUGCUCUGGAAAGAGCGCCAUGGUGACGGUGGUGGACGAGUGGCUGGACAGCUACAAGCAAAGCCGAGAGGCGGGGCUGCUGGUGCUCAUCAACUUCAUUGUUCAGUCCUGCGGAUGCAAAGGUGUGGUGAGCAGAGAGAUGUUUGACAGCAUGCAGAAUGCAGAGAUCAUCAGCACACUAACCAAAGAGUUCAAUGAGGAUUCAGUGAACUACCCUCUGUGCACUCCAGGACCCCAGCUGAAACGUUUCAAAGCCGGCCUGUGCGAGUUUGCUCGGGUUCUGGUGCGCUCAUGUCGGAAUAGCCUCAUUUAUGACGAGCACCUCUUCCCCUCCCUGCUGGCCCUGCUCACCGGCCUGUCGGACUCGCAGGUCAGAGCCUUCAGGCACACCAGUACCCUACUUGCCAUGAAGUUGAUGACUGGGCUGGUGGAAGUAGCUGUGAUAGUGUCUGUUCAGCUGCAGACCACCCAGCGGCGAUACGACAUGGAGAACAGCAAGAGGGCGCAUGACAGAGCCUCUGACAGACUGGAGGAGUUGCAGGCCUCCAUCAGUGAGCUGCAGGAAAACAGAGAAGAGGUAUCCUCUUUGAUGAACGCCACGUUCCGUGGUGUGUUUGUGCACCGUUACCGAGACCGGCUGCCUGAGAUCCGCACAGCUUGUAUUGAGGAGUUGGGCAUGUGGCUAAAAAUGGACCCUGAAGACUUCCUGAAUGAUGGAUGUCUUAAAUACCUGGGUUGGACCCUGCAUGACAAGCAAAGUCCAGUGCGUCUGCAGUGUGUGCGUGCCCUGCAGGGUCUGUACCAAGAGAAUGAAUUCAUUGGCCGCCUGGAGCUUUUCACCAGCAGAUUUAAAGAGAGGAUACUCAGCAUGGUGCUGGACAAGGACUCAGACGUGGCAGUGGAAGUGGUCAAUCUGUUGCUGCUGAUCCAACAGAAGACAGAGGAAGGCCUGAGGGAAGACGAGUGCGGCCACAUCUAUCCCCUGGUUUACGCUUCACACAGAGGCCUGGCGUCUGCAGCCGGUGUCUUCCUCUACAACAAGCUGAAAAGUGUGAUUGCCAGUGACAACCAGGGGAAUGAUAAAAGUGACAAUGCAGCCUUCUUUCAAAUAUUCAUCUCCUUCUACAUCCAGAGUGAGUUCCAUGAGCAUGGGGCAUACCUGGUGGAUAGUCUGUGGGGUGUGGCAGGAUCUGAGCUGAGAGACUGGGAGACUAUGACGGCACUUCUGCUGCAAGACGCUGGUCUGAUGUAUGAGGAGGAGGGGGCUCUCAUAGAGCUGAUGAUGUGUGCCAUCAGACAGGCAGCACAGGCAACCCCACCAGUUGGGAGAACUCAGGGCAAGAAGAUCCUGAGUAUGAAGGAUAAGAAGGUCCAGGAACAAGACAGGAGACGUAUCACUGCACACUUCAUCCCCUUACUGCCACAGCUGCUGGCCAAGUACUCAGCAGAUGCAGGGAAGGUGAGCCUCCUUCUCAAAGCUCCUCUCUACUUUCACCUGGAGAUGUACAACAGUUCUCCGCAGCUAGAGAAGCAUCUGGACCUGCUGCUGUCUCAGACAUGUGGUAUUGUAGAGAAGCACACAGAGGUCACCGUGUUGGAGGCUUGCGCCCACCUGGCCAGCACCCUUUGCUCCGACCGUUACACCUUCUCCUCCCGCGCACACCUGGCAUUCAGCCAGCUGGUGGACGGCCUGACUGAGUGCUUCAGCACCUACUUGAGUGAUUUGCUGCAGGGUACUGCAGAUGACGAUGACGUAUACAGUGCAGCCACUGCCUUGAAAAGGAUUGCAGCCUUGAGCAGUGCCAAGGACCCAACAGGCUGGAAUCUGUUCGACUCCUGUCUUGAGCUUCUGAAGGGGAGGAUGGAGUCCAGGGAGCUCGAUAAGGAGCUCAUGGUGUCGGCUCUGAAGUGUGCAGCCUUUCACCUGAUGUGGGCUAAAGUGAAUGCAGUCAACUCCACACCAGCUGAGGCAGAACUGAAGCGUCUGAAGAAGGAGGUGCGUUUGUUCUGCAGAGUCUGUCAGAACUGUCUGUCUCUGAACCAGGCUGAGAUCAGAGAUCAGGCAUUUGAGUUGCUCUGUGACUUGCUGCUCUUGUACAGUGUGAGUUCAGCCCGCUCUGAACCCGCCCUCCAAACGCUGGUCCACCUGCCGUCUGAUUCCCUGCGCUCUGAGAUGGCUGCUUUCCUCCUGGACUACGUUUUCUCUGACACUGAAGACGCUGAGCUCAAUGUUGAGGGUGAGGAGGAGAUGAAGAUAACUCUUCUCCAGAGGAAGCGCAACCAGCUGGCUGGCUACUGUAAGCUGGUCAUCUACGGGGUGCUGGACCUCACAGCUGCCACAGACGUCUUCAAGCACUACAGCAAGUACUUUAAAGACUUUGGCGACAUCAUUAAAGAGACUGUAAGCAAGAGCAAGCUCAUCAGUCCCGUACAGAGCGCCAAGACUGUCUGUCUGAGUCUGCAGCAGCUCUUCUCAGAGAUGCUUACGGAGGACCACAGCAGGCAGGAUCUCGGUGAGAUUAGAGACUUAGCCAAGAGGCUUGCCAUGAGUUUUGGCAUCGAUCUUCAUCGUGUCCGCAAACCACUGGUGGCUCUGCACAUGGAUGGUAUACGUUUUGCGUUUCGGGACCCACAGGAGGGAGAAGAGCAGCACCCGAAUAAGGCCUUCUUGGAGAUCCUCAGCGAGUUCAGUUUCAAGCUGCUGCAACAGGAUCGCGCCCAGCUGGCUGCGUUUCUGAAAUCAGAGUGUCCCAGUGGUGCCCUCUCCUGGCCGCCAGUCAGACUGUAUCAGCGUUCCUUGGAGGUCCGCUCCUCUUCUAAACCCAGAGAGCAGGAGGAGGGAGGUGAUGCUGUCUCCUCACAUGAUACCCCUGCAGCUAAACGCAAGAGGACCACUGCUCAGGGUUCAGUGUCCCGCACAGUCAGGGGAUCCUGGUUGGACAGCAGCAGUAUCCACAGCAGCCUGCACACGCCAGCCCUCACCUCCACUGUCCAGAGACAGCCAGCCAAGCAGCUGGCCUCAAGGAAACCCAGAGCCACGGAGUCUGAUAUCAGCAGCGGCUUAACUGAGCCGGACUCUCAGGAUGAGUUCUCCUCAGGGUCCCAGAUGCGAAAGGUGAAGCCCACCAAACGACGCCAGCUCUCCUCCAGCCAGACUGGCCCCACUUUGGAUCAGCAAGACCUGAACUCCAACCUCACCUUACUAUCUCUAAUUGAGGACGACAACGAAGAAAGAGAAGAGCCUGAGAUUGAGGACUACGAAAGUGACUCUGAAUGUGAUUCUACAUAUACACUGCCUUCUACGCGUCACACCUCAGCCAGUGUCCUUGAUGAGCUCUUUGAGUGAGGGCACAGUGACCUGGACCGCCUUGGGAACAACAGUUCUUUUUGAUUAAUACAUCUUUUCAACACUACUGUGUUUUCAGUGGGUUCAGUACAUUUGAGUGCACUAAGUGUUAGGGCCAUCUGUUCUUCUAAAUGACUUGUUACCUAUCAGAUCUGUUUCAGUCAUUAAUCUUGUUGGCAAAAUAAUGAUUAUGAAGUCUGAGGACAAAAGUUGUUGCCAUUCGCUACUAGGAAUGUUUAUGUUUUCAACACAAAAAUUUCAAAAGAAAUGUGUUGCAGUUCUGUUUGGUCCCUGUAGGCUGGCAGCAAGAUAAAAGUCUCUCCUUGUGUUGAAUUUAGUUUCAUAAUAUCUUGCACUGUUGUUGAUGGCACCUUUUUUUUUGGAAAACAUGUUAAUUUAAUGUUUAUUAAAAGAUGCUUAAUUGAGCAAAUUAACCCUGAAACAGUCUUUGAUAAGAUCACAAGAAAAGGAGUGAGCAUGACAUAUGCACAUAAAUUACUAAAUAAUAUACAAACGCAGGCUCAAUGCCAUUUAGAAAACAAACAUACUGUACAAUAUUAUUAGUAAAUGAGUAAGAUCAGAAAAACCUAGUUACCAAUACAGGUAAUGCUCACUGUCUUUAAAAAUAAUUUUUUAAAUAAUUUCUAUGAUGAAAUGAAGUACACAAUGAGAACAGUAUGCCAGAGGUUUGUAAAUGUAGAGGACAUUGAAGAAAUGCUAAACAAAAAUUUAAAAAAGGGUACAAAAUGAAUGACAUACUAAUAAUAAAAACUUAAUAUACGUUUAUAGAAGAUAAUUAAAGACAUUGACACAAGAGACACUCAUUUACAGUCUUUUGAAGUUUUAUCGCAAGGGUCUUCAAGUACUACUUGCAUUCAUUAUAGAAAAAAGAUGAAUUUGCAUGUAUGAAACUUAAGAUAAUGUAUCCUUGUUUUUCUUCUUUUUUUUUUUACUUGUCAUUCAAGAACUCAAAUAGUGCAUAUUCAUAAAAUAAAACAAAAUCAGCCAAUGCAUUUUCACAUAUGAACUGAAGUACUGUAUCUUUCCACAGUCUAGUUAUAGUAACUAUGCCUAAAAAGAUGAGGCACAGUUAGUGCAGUGCAGAAAAGCAAACAAAUAAUUGUUUUUUUUUCUUUCCUUUUACAGGAUAAAAUUUGUGUGCAAGUUUGAAGGACACCUCCUUGUCUUAUUUGUAAUGAGGUGUUUGUGAGGAAACUACCUAAAUGACCAUUUUACCUACCGGUAUACAUUAAAUGUAUAUUUUCAGUUAUUGUAAGUGUCACUAUAAUGAGUCUAUUGUGUAUGCUAUAUAACUGGGGUUAAAAUCUUUAAUGCCUGAGAGUUUUAAUAGGUUUAUUCUGGCCAUGACUUAGUGUUUAUCUCAUUUGUACUACUGCCUUAGUUCACUCUUGGGUCACUCAGUUGUAUGAAAUCCAAUCAUCGUCUUUCGCGCCAUUCAGGGCGGAUGUUUGCCGAGUCACGUGACAUACAAUCUCCCGCAACUUUCGCGCCACUACGAAUGCCCGCCUCUCCCUACUGAAGGAAGCGACACGAUUGGCUGCUGCAGACGUCAGACUCGCGCCACUUCUUGCACCGUGACCGGGGAGAACAGCAAGCUGCAAGUGAAUGAAUACUGGUCUCCGGUGAUAGUGAAGUGACUAAACCGUGAAUUUAAACGGCAUUUUCGUUCCUUUGUACUUUUAAGAGUUUUGGAGUCAAGUUAUCUCAUCUGAGGGUCAACAUCUGCAGCCAUGGCUCGUAAGGAUUAUGCGGCAGAGAAAG